AUGUCUAAACCAGCCAUUGGCUUUGUUGGCCUCGGGGCCAUGGGCUUCGGCAUGGCCACCCACCUUGUUCAUGAAGGAUACCCUGUUUACGGCUACGAUGUCUUUCCAGCCUCGGUGCAGCGAUUCCAGGCUGCGGGGGGCACACCCGCCUCCUCGCUGCGUGAAUCAGCGGAAGGAAAGUCUUUCUACGUCUGCAUGGUAGCAUCGGCGCCGCAGGCGCAAACCGUCCUCUUCGGAGAUGAGGGCGUUGUGCAAUACCUCCCCCAAAAUGCAACCCUCCUCCUUUGCUCCACCGUCGCCGCCUCAUAUGCGCAAUCUGUCGCCGCAGAACUCGCCUCUCGAGGUCGAUCAGAUAUUCACUUUGUUGAUGCACCAGUCUCAGGAGGUGCGAAGCGCGCCGCGGAUGGCACCCUCUCCAUCAUGGCGGGCGGUGCUGACUCUGCGCUGCAAAUUGCGCGCGAUUUGCUGCAGACUAUGUCUGCCCCAAGCAAGCUCUAUCUUGUCCCGGGAGGAGUGGGAGCCGGCAGUAACAUGAAGAUGGUACAUCAGGUGCUGGCUGCCAUCCACAUCUUGGGGGCCAGCGAGGCUAUGGGUUUCGCGGCGCAUCUGGGCCUGGAUGCAGUGAAUACAGCAGAGCAGAUAAAGAGCUCAGAAGCGUGGACCUGGAUGCAUGAGAACCGUUUUCCUAGGAUGGUGGAGGAGGAUUGGAAUCCUGGGGCGAGUGCUCUGACAAUCAUUCUGAAGGAUGCUGGCAUCAUUACUACCUCAGCCCGUCAAAACAACUUUCCAAUUCCGCUCUGCGCAACUGCAGAGCAGAUUUACCUCUCCGCUCUUGUACAAGGUUACGGCCCCAAGGACGACUCCGCUAUGAUCCGCCAGUACUACUCGCAUCCACUCAAAGACAUCGAUACUUCCUCAGCAACCGAGGAUCCAGAAACCGCUCUACAGCUCGUGCUUGACCUCAUGCAAUGCGUAAACCUUGUCGCGGCUGCCGAAGCCAUCGCCUUCGCACGGUCACUAGGUGUCGAUAUGGCGCAAUUCUUCGAACUCGUCAGCGACGCAGCCGGUGGAAGCAAGGUAUUCGUCACGAGAGGACUAGAGAUGAUUGAGGGUAAAAUCGGCACACAGGCGCCAGCUGGCUCAGAGACUCUGAAUGCGGUAGUGAGUCGGUUAGAGAAGGUGGUGCAGAAGGCGCGGGACAUGCACUGCCCGCUCCAUCUCGGCAACGCAGCCCUGAACGUAUUAUUGAUGUCCAAGGGCCAAGGGUACGGGUCGGAGGCCAGCACCAGCGUAAUCCGUGUUUAUCCGUAG